GAAACGGGUGUGAUGCUGCACCAUGUUGUGUCUGAAGCAGAUAUGAGGGGGAGUGUGCUACAUCUUUCUUCCCGUUUGCAGUGAGGUCAAAUUGAAUUGAGUUCGUUUAAAAUUGCAUAGAUUGAGGACGAUCAGAAGAGCGGAGCACGGUGAGCUUUCCGUCAUGGACAUCAACUGCAAUAUGUCGACCCUGGAGAGUCAGACGCAGAUCGAGUCCGGCCUCUACCACCUGAUCGAGAUGGUCAUCAUGUGUGUGAGCUGCAGCUUGAACACCAUGCUCAGUCUUCCCUUGGUCUGGGUCAUCACCCGCUCGCCAUCCCUCCUCAGACACACUCGCUUCCUGCUCCUCGCACAUCUCCUGCUGUGCGACAGCCUCCAACAGCUCCUCUGGACGAUCAAAGCGGUUCUUAUGAGAUCCAGAGAAGGGAUGUCAAUCACCCAGUGUCUGAUCUUCUCUGCGGCUUACCAGGCCUGCUCAUUGGUGGACUUCUUGCUGAGCACUGCCAUGGCUGUGGACCGAUUUGUCGCUGUCAAGUGGCCUCUGCGCUAUGAACUGCUGACCCGUACACGGAGGAAGCGAGCAGCUGUUACAGCCAUAUGGACCGUAUCGUUUGUGGUCUUCGCUGUGGCUUUGGGUAUCAGCCUCAGCAACAUCAAGGUGAAUUAUUCCUUUCAGCGCUGUCGCCCUCUCGUCCUCAUGCCCUGCCUGUCAGAGACGUCGGCCGCGCUGCUCUGCUGCACCUUGGGCAGCGCUGUGGUGCUGCCUCUCUGCUCCCUGACCAUCCUGGGAUGCUUCUGCCUGCUCUGCAGGGACAUGCACGCCGGGCUGCUCUGCUCCAAGAGAGCGUGGGUGACACUGAGCCUCCAGGCUGUUCAGACUCUUCUCUUUUCAGUUCCUGUGAUCAUGGAAGGCUACCUGAUCCCUGCACACCUGCACAGUGAUGCUGUGGAUAUAGCAUCAACCAUCACCUACAACCUGGGGGUGUCCCUCAUCCCUCUGGUCUACGGGUAUCGCUCACGGGAGCUGCAGCAGCGGAUACGACAGGCUGCACACAUGUGCAACGUCCCCAACUUAACUUAGACAUAACAUCUGAUUUGAAAGACUUCACGGUUUUUACCUGCAGCGCCUGAAUAAGAGCAGUUUAUUCCUUUUCGGCACAGGGGAUCUUUCCACGAUCACUGCAUCACGAUUUGAAUUUACUCAGUUUGAAGAGCUGGUACCAAUAUGAGGUCACAGCAUGUUCCUGUGCUGCUUUUGCAUCUCAAAGACAAACAACACGCGUUGUAUUUACUCCAGUAGAAUGAUAUCAAGCUUCUGUGAUAAGAAAAGGAAACUGAGAUAAAAACCCAAGCUGUUCAAAUAUUGAUAACCACUGCAAACGUUAAGGACUUUAUGAUAGAACCAAAAUAAAUAAAGGAUAAACCCAAACACUCGCAAAGCUGAUUCAUGGUCAUAAUGUCUUCAACUCCAUGAUCGUAAAAUGGCUUACUCUUACACGAUUAGU